GGACGGAGGGAGGGAGGGGCCAGCGGGGACCAGGGGGGAGGUUGGAGAGGGCCAGGACCGGCCUGGCAGAGUCCGCAGCUGGCAUCUCUCUCCGCUCUGGCGGGGCAAGCGGCUGACAAGUCCAACUGGGCAGGGAGUCUCCUCCAAGCUAGGACCCAGGAGCCCGAGAGCCCAGGCUCUUUGACCAGACUUUGAGCCAGUCAAUUAAGCAGUGAUAUUAGUCGAGUGCUUCCGGCCUGCGCAGCGCUGGACUAAAGGACCUGGAGCCAUGGCCCAGGGUUCACUCGUGCUACCGCUGCUGCUGUGGGCGGCGAUGGCCAUCCACGCGGGGAAGGACCAGCUCAACGUCUGUAUGGAUGCCAAACACCACAAGACCAUCCCCGGGCCCGAGGAUGACCUGCACCAGCAGUGCAGCCCCUGGAGGGAUAACGCCUGCUGCACGCAGAACACCAGCCACGCGGCCCACCAGGACGUGUCCUACCUGUACAACUUCAACUGGCAACACUGCGCCAACAUGACCCCGGCUUGCAAACGCCACUUCGUCCAGGACACGUGUCUAUACGAGUGCUCCCCCAACCUGGGGCCCUGGAUUCAGAAGGCGGACGUGAGCUGGCGAAAGGAGAGAAUCCUGAACGUGCCGCUGUGCAAGGAGGACUGUGAGUUGUGGUGGAAGGAUUGCCAAACUUCUUACACCUGCAAAAGCAACUGGCACAAGGGCUGGGACUGGAGCACUGGCCAGAACCGCUGCCCCGUCCAGGAAGCCUGCCACCCUUUCCCGUUCUACUUCCCCACACCGGCGGACCUGUGCGAGCGCAUCUGGAGCAACUCCUAUCGGGUCAGCAACGAGAGCCGGGGGAGCGGUCGCUGCAUCCAGAUGUGGUUCGACCCCGUGGAGGGGAACCCCAACGAUGCCGUGGCCCGCUUCUAUGCUGGCAACCUCGCCCCCGGCCUGGCCCCGGCCCUCUCCCUGCUCCAGCUGCUCCUGCCUCUGGGGCUACUCCGGCUGCUUCUGUCCUAAAUUUGGGGCCGCAGGGCUGCUGCCUCUUCUGCCCCAACUCCCUCUCAGAGACCCCCGGCUUGGGGACAGGAGAAUAAAGCAGUUCUCCCCCUUCCA